GCUUGGACCUCUUCUCUUCUGCCUCUUUAUUUCGGUUUCGCCAAGUACUAUCUUUACCAUUCUAUCCCUCUUCUCUCUGCAUCUGCAAUUUAGGGUUUUUCCAAAUUGAAAUGUGUAGACGUAAUGGAUUACUCUGAACCAUCCAAUUUUCUCACAGACACUGCUGAUACAAACCCUAAAUUUGGGUUUCAAUCGUCUCUACCCUCUUCCAAUGCCGAUCCAGGUUCUGAUCAGACUUUGGAACUACGCAAAGAGCUAGAGAAGAAGCAGCUUUAUUUGAAAGAGGGCAAGGGAGAGAAUGAGGAGGCUGAGCCUGAUAUGGUGGUGGUGGAGAAAGUAUAUGAAGAGCUAGAGAAGCAGCUCCAUUUGAAAGAGGUUGAGGAGGACAACCAUUCGAUUGAAUGGAACCAAAAUGACGACUUUAACUGUGGAGAAAGCCAUGAUGGAGAAGAAGGACUCAACAAGUACGAUAAAGAGGAUGAUGGUAAUGAUGAUGAGAAGUAUGAUGAUGAAGUGGAGAAGAGGGACGAGAGAAGUAAUGGUAACAGGAGGCAUCACUAUCCAGUGAGACCCGAAGCUGAAGAUUGUUCAUACUACAUGAAAACUGGGACUUGCAAAUUUGGAUCAAACUGCAAGUUCAAUCACCCUGUAAGAAGGAAAAACCAGGCUACCAAGGAGAAGCUGAAGGAAAGAGAGGAAGCAAUAGAGAGGCCGGGCCAAACAGAAUGCAAGUAUUACUUGAGGACAGGUGGUUGUAAGUAUGGAAAAGCUUGUAGAUACAAUCACUCAAGAGCCAAAACUCCGGUGCUCCCUGCAAAAGCAGCAGUGUUCCCAGUUUUAGACCUUAACUUUUUGGGUCUGCCAAUCCGACCGGGAGAGAAAGAGUGCCCGUACUAUAUGCGUAAUGGCUCCUGCAAGUAUGGAGCUAACUGCCGGUUUAAUCAUCCAGAUCCUACAGCUGCAGGAGGAACUGACCCUCCUUCAGGAUUCGGUAAUGGUGGGACUGCUGCUUUGCAGAGUUCUCCGCAAUCAAGUGUAGCACCUUGGUCUUCUCCAAGAGGAUUAAGUGAGGCUGCUCCCUUUAUGCCGAUGAUGUUUCCACCAACUCAAGGGGUUCCUUCACAAAGUCCUGAAUGGAAUGGAUAUCAGGCUCCUAUAUAUCCACAGGAGAGGAGUAUGCAUCCAACUUCAGCUUUUGUCAUGAGCAAUACAGCUACAGAUACUAAUGUCUAUGUGCAUCAGCAGCAGACACCAUUCGAUGAAUUUCCAGAACGACCUGGUCAACCAGAGUGCAGCUAUUAUUUGAAAACUGGGGACUGUAAAUUCAGGUCUAACUGCAAAUAUCAUCAUCCAAAAAAUCAGAUCCCAAAGUCAUCUCCAUGCCCACUUAGUGACAAGGGCCUGCCAUUGAGACCUGGUCAGCACAUCUGUUCGUACUACAGCCGUUAUGGUAUUUGCAAGUUUGGCCCUGCCUGUAAAUUUGACCAUCCAAUACACCCAGCUGCAAUGACAGGGUCUGCUGAAGAUCAGGCCCAUCAGGAUCUGGCCAGGGAGGAGUCUAGGAUUUCCGAAACUGGAAAUGAAACUGACACUGCUAUUCAGCAGGCUGUGUAAAAUUUUUGCAUCAAUGAUCUAGCUUUUUAGGAUCAAGAGUACAGAGAAUUAUUAAGUUUAUCUGUGAAAGUGGAUCUUUGUUUGACCUUCAAUCUGGUUCAUCUGCCACAAGCUUUUGAAACUAGUGGCGUUAUAUAUUUAUAAUGCGUUGUGUUACUGCAACCAAAAAUGAAAAUCGGGAUUUGUAAAUUUCCA